CAGAGCGGGGCAACCAAACCUUUUUAGUCCCCAGUCUUGCAUUCCAUUAUGAUAUAAUCUGCCGAUGAAAAAGCUUGAUAAUAGGGGUUUGGCUGGUUCAAAACAGGGUUUGUAGCCGUUCCAGAUUAUACUGGCAGGAGGGUUUGAAGUCGAAAGGACAGGUUACUUUGGUAUUUGAAGUUGAAGGGGUUACUGAGUGAGAACAGAAGCAGAUUGACUUUUGGAGUAAUGGAUCCAGGUCGCUACCGCCAGCAGCGAUGGGAUUCUAGCAGUGCUUUGGAAGGCUACAAUGCAGUCAGGGAUUCAGAUUUCAGGGUUGGUAGACAAUUUGGUAGAGGUUAUCUGGAUGAAGGCCUUCCACGAGAUGUUCUCUAUUCAAGGACACCCAUAGAAAGAGAACUUUUACUAGAAAGGGAAAGGCUACCACACACAUCUGUUCAUGGAAUUUGGCCUCCGGCAAGAAGAAAUUUAGAGGAGGAGAUUUCUUUAAUCAGGGAAACGCAAAGGCAUCCAAGAGCUGGCUAUAUUGACAGCCUUCGUAGUAUAGAUAGAUUUCCGGAAGUUGACAACUUUAGAGGAAUUGAUGACUAUUCUGAUUCUGAUCCAUUUCAAGGGUAUGCUUUUGAAAGGAUUGAGCGAUAUGGCGGACAUAAUAGGGACAUUUUUGAUAGGGAUGAUUUUGAGUUUGAUCACAGAUCUCACAUCUUGCAACCAAAGAGAGAGACUAGUCAUGAAGGAGAUUAUGAACUUAAUAGGCAUGUUGAUUAUGAACUUUCCAGACAUGCUGAUUAUGAACUUUCCAGGCGCUCUGAUUAUUAUACUGGAAAUGAUAAGAGAAAGAGAGACCAUGCUUCACACAAAAGGCAGAGUGAGCGUGAAAAGAGAAGCAGGAGUAAGGAUCAUGACAGAAGUGCUGAUAAGAGAUGGAAAGAACGAUCAUACAGCCAUGGUGAUCGUUCAAUGUCACGGUCACAAUCACCAAAGGGACACAGCCACAAAAAAUCCCGCAAAGAUGGCAGCAAUGAGGCUCCUGCUUUAAAGAGUAAAAAUGAGAGAAAUGAAAAGCAGAAGCACCGUGAUGAGAAGCAUCCUAAUGGUCGCGUACCUGUGGCACCAUCUGCAACACUUGUAGUUAAAGGCUUAGCUCAAAAAACAACGGAGGAUGAUUUAUAUCAAGCUAUGGCUGCAUGGGGCCCCUUGCGUCAUGUCCGUAUCAUCAAAGAGAGGAAUUCAGGCUUAUCUCGUGGAUUUGCCUUCAUAGAUUUUUUGACCAUUGAAGCAGCCCAAAAGAUGAUGGAUGAAAUUGCGGAGGAGGGUUUGGUAGUGGGUGGACGGCACCUUUUCUUUGAGUAUAGCAGCAAGCCAACUGGAGGUUUAGGAGCAACCCAAGCAGGGCAGGUAAAUUCUGCAAAUGGAUCAAUGCAAGGAAGCUCUAAAGGUGCAACUCCUGCAGUUGAUUGGAUGUGUGCCAUAUGUGGAUGUGUCAACUUUGCUCGCCGUGUCUCAUGUUUUCAGUGCAAUGAAAGCCGAAAUGAAGACUCUACCCCUGCAGAUGCAGUUGCUUUGAACACACCUUCAACGUUAAAGAGAGCAUCUGAACCUGCGCCAACUCAUGUAUUAGUGGUUCGAGGGCUAGAUGAACAUGUUGAUGAAGAAACAUUACACUAUGAGUUUUCUAAACAUGCUCCAAUCAAGGACCUUCGUCUUGUUCGUGACAAAUUCACUCAUGUUUCACGGGGAUUUGCAUUUGUACACUUCCAUUCGGUGGAGGAGGCAACCAAGGCCCUGGAGUUUACAAAUGGAAUGGUUCUUGAAAAGAAUGGGCAAGUUUUGAGAGUACAAUAUGCAAAGAACAUUCUUGGCCCAUCUUCGGCCAGUGGAGCCCCCACCCAAGCUAAUAACCUUGCAGCUGCAGCAAUUGAAGCUGCUACAUUUGCACAACAGUAUGAUGCUGUGGGAUGGGCGCCAAAGGAAUUUAACUUGGAUCAAGGUCAAACAAACUCACAUGGUGUUGAGAAAUGUGAGACAACAGAUGUGGGUGGAAGCUGUGCACUGCAGAAUGCUACCGCUAUUUCUGAAUCAGGCACAGCUCCACAGUCUGGUUUUGUGUGGGAUGAAGCCUCUGGUUAUUAUUUUGAUGCUGCUUCAGGAUUCUAUUAUGAUGGUCAUACUGGGCUUUAUUAUGAUGGUAAUAGUGGUAUGUGGUAUUCUUAUGACCAUGAAACACAGCAAUAUACUGCUUGUGUAGAUCAGUCUGCUAAUCCCAAUUUUGGAUCUAAUAAAGAAAAGGCUGCAGAGGGCCUGUCUCAGCCAAAGGUGAUAAUUUCAGCUCCUGCUGUUACAGUUGCUACAAGUUCGGAAGCUUCUGAUAAGAGAUCAUCCUUACCAGAGGCUGUACAGGCUGCUGCUCAGGCUGCUGCCAAGAAAGAAAAGGAAAAAUUGAAAGAAAAAGAAAAGGAAAUCCGAUUGGCAUCAAAAAGCACUAUACUUGCCAGUAAGAAGAAAAUUAGUAAUGUGCUAACGAAGUGGAAGCAACGACAACAUGAGGGUCAAGCUCCUCGUGUUGUCCUGGAUGAUGCAUCAUCAAUAGUUCCAUCCUUGACGUCUGCUGAUGAAAAAUAUAAAGGUGCUACAGGUGUUAGUUUAGAAAUGUCUAGUCAAAUUGGGAGCACUCCAAAAUCAAGGCUUCAAGCAAUAAAUGCAAAGGAAGGUGGCUUAGAUGGGCCAGCUUCCAUUAGCUGCGAAAUAGAAAACCACUGUGGUGUGAGUUACAACACCUCUGAUCGUUCAAUGAAAACAAGACCUGUGGCUGUCAGUAAUAGUUCUGGUGGAAAAAUAAUGGGGGUGAUUAGAGAAUCUAGUAGAGUAAUAAAGAUGUCAGAUUCUAGUCACCCACAGGCUACUGAACCCUCAAUAGUGGUUAUGAGGGCGCACGUCCCAGAAACUACCGUGGUUUCAAGUGCAUUUAAAACAGAUGCGUCAGCUCUUGGUUCAUAUGGAUCAACGUCCGGAACAAAACGAAGAUUUUCAGAAACUCCUCAAACUGUUUAUAGGGAUAGAGCUGCAGAGAGGAGAACCCUGUACGGGUCAUCUGGCCCCGGUGAUAGUCUCUUAGAUAUUGAGCUUAGAGAAAAAGCUCAAGGUCGAGAAAUGCCAUUUCCUCCGGGUGUAGGUGGCAAGGGUAGGGUACACGACAUUUGUUUACCACAGGGAGCAAUGGCAGAUACGGAAGGACAAACAUUUGAAGUUAUUACUAGUGAGAAAGCUAUUGACGAAAAGAAUAUUGGAAAUAGAAUGCUGCGAAAUAUGGGCUGGCAAGAAGGCUCCGGUCUUGGUAAAGAUAGAACUGGAAUUCUUGAACCAGUGCAGGCUCAAGCUACAGAAGAAAGAGCUGGUCUUGGUACUCAGGUACAGCGCAAGAUUGAUUCUCGGUUUGAGACUCACCCUGGAGAUAGUUACAGAACUGUUGUGCAGAAGAAGGCUCUAGCCAGAUUUCACGAAAUUCCUUAGUUAUACAUUUUUUUUGGAUAUAUUUCAAGUUUCUUUUCCUAUGCUUCUUAAUGAAAACUUUCUCUUGAAUUGUGUGUAUAUGUGCUACUGCUCGCCAAUCUUAUAAUCGUCUGGAUACGUUUAAGUGCACUUUUUUAAAUGUUUAGCUUUGCUAACCAUGAUAGAGAGAGCUUACCCACCUGGAAGAUUCAACUAACUUUAUCAUAGAAGAUGAUGUCAUAAUAAGAAAGUUUCAUAUCUAGCGUUCUA